ACAAACCCAUCCCUAUAUGGGACCAAAUAUAUAGUGGAUGAGAGGAAGCAGAGCAUCCAGUGGAGGGAUUACUUACACAAGGAUACUUCAAGGACUGUUUCACUCAUUCAGUAUGGCGUCACCACUAAUGCUGGUGUUUUUAACCGCUCUUCCUGGGGUCCUCUGCUACCAUUCCUCAUUCAUUGACCUGGAAGCUAAAGGAAGUAACAAGUCAUCUAUCAGGUUUCUAGUUUUGGGGGACUGGGGUGGUCUGCCAUAUCCUCCCUAUGUUACCCCCAUAGAAAAGAGCACUGCACGUAUGAUGGCCAAAACCGCUUCUCAGAUGGGUGCAGACUUCAUUUUAGCACUUGGUGACAACUUCUACUACAAGGGUGUCACUGAUGUCAAUGACCCUAGAUUCCAGGUCACGUUUGAAGAUGUCUACACUCAGAAUUCUCUUAAUAUUCCAUGGUACGUCAUUGCUGGCAAUCACGACCAUGCGGGAAAUGUCCUUGCUCAAAUUGAGUACAGCCAGAAGUCAAAGAGAUGGAACUUCCCCUACUACUAUUAUGAGAUGAACUUCCGCAUUCCUCGAACAGACAGCACUAUGACCAUCAUCAUGCUGGACACUGUGCUGCUGUGUGGAAACUCUGAUGACUUCCUUGACCAGCAGCCCCGAGCUCCCCGAAGUGGCGUUCAGGCUAACCGACAGCUGCUGUGGCUUCAGGAACGCUUGGCGAAGUCUAAGGCUGAUUAUCUCCUGGUGGCUGGCCAUUAUCCGGUAUGGUCCAUAUCGGAGCAUGGGCCGACUGACUGUUUAUUGAAGAAUUUGAGACCACUGCUUAAGAAGUACAAGGCCACUGCUUAUCUGUGUGGCCAUGAUCACAACCUACAAUACUUCAAGGAGUCUGGUAUCGGUUAUGUGGUCAGUGGAGCUGGCAACUUUAUGGAUCCUGAUGUGCGGCACCGAAACAAGGUUCCUCGAGGCUACCUCAAGUUCUUCAAUGGUGACGCCAGCACCUUGGGUGGCUUUGCCCAUGUGGAGGUUAACAAGAAAGAGAUGACUGUUACUUUCAUCCAAGCUAGAGGAACCUCUCUCUACAGGGCUGUGCUUAAAAAGCGUGACGAUCUUUCCAGUGUGGAUGACUAUGUUUAAAAUUAUAUAGUUUUACUAACUUUGGGAUACUGACCCAGGUAUUUUAGCAUUUUGCUUUAAGUUAGAAGUGUGCAAGGUUUAAAAACAAAACAAAAAUGCACUCUUUUGAAUCCUUAAGUAUUUAUAGAUUAGACUUUUAAAUGGUUUAACCAAUAAAUGUUUGUGUUUUGAGAAACCUUAAUAUUUUAAAGUGACUAUUAAACAACUCCUUUAAACUAC